AUGUCUUCCCCGACCGUCGCAUUCUUUGGCGCUACCGGCGGCGUCACCAACGCCAUCCUGGUCCACACCCUCAGGGCGGGCUACAAAGCAACCGCUCUCGUGCGCACGCCUCAGAAGCUGCGCGACCAGCUCAGCGCUCAAGGCCUCUCCGCGGAGACCAUCAGCAACCUGACCAUUAUGCAAGGCAACGCCCUCGACGUCGAAGCUGUUAAGCGCGCGCUCUGCGCGUCUUCGCCGACGGGCCUCCCCUCGGUCGUGGUCACUGGGCUGGGCGGCAGCCCAAAGCUCCAAUUUGACUGGCGCCACCCCUUCCAGAUCGCGCAGCUCGACAACCCCUCGAUUUGCGAGACGGCCGCGCAGACCCUGCUGGCCGCCAUGCGCGACAUCUACGCCGAAAACCCCGCCCUCAAGGACAACAAGACGCCGCUCUUGGCCUUCAUUUCCACGACCGGCAUCACGCGCGGACCCGAAGACGUGCCCCGCGCCAUCCGCUUCCUGUACCACCAGAUGCUCACGCUCCCGCACGUCGACAAGCGCAAGAUGGAGGACCUGUUCCGCGGCGACGCCGCGUCCGCCGACCCGGCGUUCCGCGCCAUUGUCGGCAUCAGACCGACCUUGCUCACCGGCGGGGCCGACUACAAGGACGCCGUGGGGCUGGACAAGGUCCGGAGCGGCACCGAGGCGAAGCCCGCGGUCGGGUAUACCAUCAAGAGGGCGGACGUCGGCGGUUGGGUGUAUGAGAAUGUGGUCCGUGAGGCGGUGCAGGGGGGAAGGGGCAAGUGGGAAGGUGAGAUGGUCAGUCUGACCAGCUAG